AUGUCAGACUUGUUGAUAACCCUCAUACUAAACCAGACCAACUCGGAUAACAAUAUUCGUACCGCAGCUGAACUUGAAUUCAACCAAUUUUUGAAGCAAGAUCCCACCAAUGCCGCAUACAUCAUUCUUGAGCUGGCCCUUAACCAAGACUAUCCUAUCGACUUGAGACAGUCAUGCCUUCUUCAUUUGAAACGACUUGUGCCGUACUAUUGGUCAAUGGGGUUCCAGUCAUUUAUUGGUCCUCCAAUUGCUCAAGAUGUCAAGGUUAAAAUCAGACAAAGCUUGUUGGAGUUGGCGACUUCCUCACCAGAGUCGAAAUUAAGAAAUGGUAGUGCUUACGCGAUUGUUCAGAUCGCGUCGGCAGAUUACCCUGAUGAAUGGCCGGAAUUAUUGAAUGUGUUGUAUAGUGCUACUAUGAACUUUUCUAACGAAAAUUCGUUGAUCGGGGGAUUGCAAGUAUUGACUGAUUUGUUUGACGAUUUAAUCACCGAAGAGCAAUUUUGGGAAGGUGGGAUUGCUGGCCAGGUUACUAGCCAUAUUAAUGAUAUAUUGACUGGUGAUUUAAGCUCUGAAGUAAAGACACAAGCAAUAAAGUUGUAUUCCAAUGUGGUUGAUAUUUUAAGCAGUCCAGAAGCGUUUAGCAAACCUCCAAGAAAGCAAUUUGUUAUUAAUCAUGUGGCUCUGUCCAUACAAAUAUUUGCUCAAUUGUUGGAAAAGUCAUAUAAUAAUUCCACUGGAAACACUUCCACCGUCUAUUUGUCUGAGUUGAAUUUGAGAACAUCCAUUUAUAGAAUUCUCAACUUAUUACUUGGACAAUUCCAUAAGAAAAUCACACAAGAAACGAAAGCAAACUUGCUUAGUUUGACAAUUCAAGAUUUCAAUUAUGUUGCUCAAUUAUUUGCCAACUUUGUUGUAGUUGAAAAUACCGCCAAUGUUCCAGAAAUAAAAACUACUAGUGAUCUCACUUCAAUCUCCUCAAUAUUAAGUAAUCUUCUUGAAGAGUUACUAGUUACAGUCUCGAAUUGUCAAUUAGAUAUAUCUGUAGGCGAAGUUGCUCCACAUGAACAAUUUUUCAAGGAUUUGGUUACUGUUUCCCUGUUGACACAACUGACAAUUGAAGAAUAUCAAGCGGAUAUCAAUGUUUACGCUAGCGACCUUACUGGAUUAUCCACUGUUUCCCGAGUUCGAGAAACCGUCAAUGAUGUUUUAUCGGAAUUGAAUGAAUCUGAUUCAAGUCAAGUCUAUAAACGAGUCAUUGAGGGUUUAGCUGGCGGUCAGGGAGAUUGGAGAUUGAUAGAAGCGCAAUUGUACAUAUUGGAAAGUUUGUUUAUAAAUGAUGAUGUCAGCUUUGAUCAAUUGGAAUUAUCGCCUCCAGAUUUGCUAAACUUGUUUGCGAGAUAUAUUUCCUAUGAUAAGCCGUUGGUGACUGCCCGUAGUUUUAUAUUACUUCCUAAGUUCUUUGAAAAGUUUUCCAAUAUACCAAAGGAAACAAGACGCAAGGCAUUCUCGGAUAUGAUUGUGUUUACAAUAGGAUUACUCGAUAAGGACUUUGAAGCGUGCGAUUUCAUCAAAAUUGCCUGUCUUGUAAGCAUCACUUAUUACAAGCAUGUUAUUGACUUCAAUCACGACUUAGCACCACAGGGCAAAGACAUUCAAACGGCUAUUUUCACCAUUGUGCAUUCGUUAAUUGAAGAGUCUGAAGAAGAUGGAUUACCGUCAUUAUUGGAAGCAAUCACGGAAGCGAUUUCAAUUGAUCCUCAACAAGCAACCACGAUUCAAAUCGGCAACGAUAUCAAUGUCAUUGAUUUGAUUUUCAAGAUCACAUUUAAGGAUCCAGCCAAUGUUCAAUUAAUCGUGGAUACUUCUGAUUGUUUAACUUCAUUAUUGAAGAAUAUUUCCAUUGAUAAUUACUUGCAAACUUGUGAAAAAUCGCUUCCAGUUAUCUUUGAAAUCAUGAACCAAGAGAUCAAGAGAAACAACGUUGAAGUUGAAUACACCCCUGAAUUAUACUUGGCAUUGGAGUUAUUGAGCAUUAUCAUUGAAUCGGUUCCUGAAUCGCAACAAGAGUUGCCAUCUCUGAUUUUCUAUUAUGCAUUCCCGAUUUUACGGAGAAUCCUUACUUUAUCUCAAGACAAUCAAAUUUUGCAAAGUGGAGGAGAAGUAUUCAACAACAUUAUCCAAAAGGCAUCCAAGUUGUUUCUUGAGUAUCAAGAUCCAGAGACUAAACAGUCGGGUAUUGAUUGUAUGAUGGAGAUCGUGUACAAGUUUCUUUCGCCCGAGUUGUCCGAUAGCGCUGCUAAUAACUGUGGGUCUAUUGUCUACUCUUUGAUUGACCAAUUCCAAAGUUAUCUCACGUCCGAUUUGUUGACUCAGAUCUUGAAGGCUACUGUAUUGAGAUUGUCUUAUGCCAAGGAGUCAAUUACAAUUGAGAAUCUAAUUAUGGUGUUUUGUAAGUUGAUUAUUAACUCGCCUCAGGAAAUGGUUGAUUUCUUGAGUAAUAAUAUCUCAUUGACCAUUGACGGAGUAGCCAAAUCGGGGUUGGAGAUUAUUUUGCCAAUUUGGUUUGAAUCGUAUGAAGUGACUCGAGGCUAUGAACACAUCAAACAGAAUUCGCUUGCCUUGGGGAAGAUUUUCAGCUUGGGUGAUGCCCGUGUGGAAAAUCUUGUCGUCAAUGGUGAAAUCAUUCCUUAUGAAGGAGACUUGAUCAUUACGAGAUCAAUGGCAAAGGCCAUGCCUGAUAAAUACACACAAAUCCCUGCAUGUUUGAAAAUCUUGAAAUUGUUGGUUGGUGAAUUAGAAUUCCAGUGUCAACAACCGAAUGCAGAAGACUACUUGCCAGAAAGGGAAGAGCUUGGAGAAGCUGACAACGACGACGACGACGACGAGGAAGGGUGGGAAGAUAUGGAAGAUAUUGGAGUUCCUAAUUUUGAAAAGUUGAAAUCGUAUGUCGAUUCAGAUGCUGAAGGUGACCGAGACUCUGAUGAGAGUUUAAAACAUUUGUUGAUUCAAUUCUUAAGAGAAUGCACAGUUAAGGACUUGGGGCAUUUUAGAAAGUACUACGAAGAGUUGAAUGAUCAAGAAAAGAAAACUAUCACUGAGAAUUUAGUCUUUUAG